AUGACGGAGGCUUCGGUCGCGAGGGAGAAGUUGUUGCUGGCCGUGUACGCGGACCAGAGGUUUGUGCAGCUGGAGUUGGAAGUCACCUUGGCAAACUCGACAUUGUCCUGGUCGAGAGACCCGAUUGUCGUGGAGGAUGUGGCGGCGUCGACGCCCGAUGCGACGAAGCUGUCAAGCGCGAUACAGGUGCUGGUGAAGUUGACAUGGCCUGAGUCGUACAGGUUUCCAGUGGGGUCGGAGCCGACCUGCCGUCGGUAUCUCCAACCUCCGCGGGGUAGCGACAAUGGCAAGGUCUUUAUUGAACAAGUUGUCGAGGACCUGGAUGCCGACACCAACGGAGACGGGCAAACCGAAGGUAGCAGAGAUAGUAACGUCACCGCUGGCCUGGAACGCAGGAAGAUCGACCGAAGAGUUGGUGAAGGUGAAGCUACCGCCAAGCAGGAGAGUACCCUCAGCGUCGAUUUCGAGGGUGGUCGAGGCAUCAAGCUGGACAUAUGGUCCAAUGCACAAGAAGGUUCCAGAGCAGAGAUCAGGAAUACCCUUCUUGAAGAGAGUGGUUUCGAAGGUUUUGCUGAGAGUAACAUUGGCAUCGAUACCGAGGGCGGCGCCGACCUCAAGGUUUCCGUAAAUAUCAAUGGAACCAGUGAUACCGCAGUCAACACAGAAGACGUUGACAGAGUACGACGCAGUGUCUUCAGAGUUGUUGCCAGCAAAGUUGUGAAUAAACAACUGCUCACCCCAGGUGCUAGCAUGGUAGUCCAUGAGCGCGUUCAGACCGGCCUCAACUUCGUUAAUGAUGGCUUGGGCGGCGGCAGACAUGUCAUCGUAGGUAAUAACAGCAGCAGUCUCAACGUCGUCGACGACGGUAAUCGCAUCAGUGGCAACGGCCUGGGCGACCGAGACAACAACGGAUGCGACUUGAGUAGCGACCGAUUCAAUAGCACUAGUCACGUCGGAAACAACAGAAACAACAGCAGACGCACCAGCCUCGGCUAG